UAUAGAUAUUACGGAAUUGUUUUGCCAGCGAUGAUGAAACCGUUCGCCUUGAUUGAACCUCCAAUCCCAUUCACCGAUUUCCCGGCUGGAAACGGUUCUCUGAUUUGUUUAAUGCCACUGCCAUACGGUGUAUAUAUAGAUGCGCUGGCCGAUCGCCUGAUCGGCGGACCCGUGCCAAGUCAGGCGACCCUCCGCUUCCUAUUUGCCUGCGCCUCAAUUUGCGGCAAUUGACUAGUGAGGGGAGGGGGAUGGAUGGGUGUGGAUGUGCCUUCCAAGUCCGAGACCAACUCGUGCGCCUCCGGUCUCAAUUGUAUUGAUUCCACACCAGUUGCCGCCAAUUUAUUCUGAUCGUCGUGGCAGCUAGUGCGCAGUUGCCUCAUCCACAGCUCUCGGCUCGAGACCCGAUGCCAGGCUCCAGUGGGCCUGGCAUUUUGCGACGGAAUCUAGACGUCUGAUUUUACAUAAUCAGUCGUCCAGCUGGAAGCACCUCAAGCGGACCACUUGUGUUGUACUUAGAUUCAUCCACAUACUGUUGUAAGCCAUGGACAAAAUGCCGGAAGUGGAUAUUGAGGAGGAGGAGGAGGUCACUCUUUCCAAAGCGCCAACGACUCCAGCCACGCCAACAGAGAUGCACGAGUUUAAGAUGCUGCCGUUAUUCAUGGACUUUGAGAACUUUACCAUUUGUAAGCCUGCACCUUUUUCCCACGACGAGAAGGCGAUGUUGGAGCUCGAGAGAUGCGACUACACUCAGAGAAUCACCUACCAGAUGGCCCGCUCCGGCCAGACAAGUCGCAGGGUGAGGGUCUACGCCGACGGCAUCUACGACCUGUUCCACCAGGGCCACGCCAGGCAGCUGAUGCAGGCCAAGAACAUCUUCCCGAACGUUUACCUUAUCGUGGGGGUCUGCAACGACGAGCUCACACUUCGGAUGAAGGGCCGCACCGUGAUGAACGGGUUCGAGCGGUACGAGGCGGUCCGCCACUGCCGCUACGUGGACGAGAUCGUCGCCAAUGCUCCCUGGUCACUGAACGACGAGUUCCUGAACGAGCACAAAAUAGACUUUGUAGCCCACGACGACAUUCCCUAUGGAGCGGGAGGAGUAAACGAUAUCUAUGCUCCGCUGAAGGCCCGGGGCAUGUUUGUGGUCACGGAACGAACUGAAGGGGUUUCCACCUCGGAUAUUGUGGCUAGGAUCGUCAAGGACUACGAUGUAUAUGUCCGAAGGAACCUGGCUCGGGGCUAUUCGGCAAAGGAGCUCAAUGUUUCCUUCCUCUCCGAGAAGAAGUUCCGGCUGCAGAACAAGAUGGAUGAACUGAAGACUCGAGGGAAGCGAGAAUUCACCAAGGUGAAGGUGGACAUCAUCAGCAAAUGGGAGGAAAAGUCGCGAGAGUUCAUCGACGCCUUCCUGCUACUCUUCGGUCGGGAGCGACUGAAUAACUUGUGGAAUGAGUCGAAGGGCAGGAUUAUUCAGGCCCUGAGCCCGCCUGGCAGUCCUACUGGCUCCGUCAACGGCGACGAUACGGACGGCACAGCGGAGGAGAGGGACGAUUCCGACGAGGAGUACGUGGAACUACCGCCAGAGAACGGUUCCAAAAGCGCGUGCUCCCUCAAUGGAAGGGCAAAGAUGAGUCCGCCAACCCGCCGAAGGCCCACAAGCCGCGCCUAUGACGACGUGGCUCCAGAUGAGCAGGAUGAUGUGCAGCAAGGCAGCAACUGACGACAGCUAUGGACAAAAUUUCCCAAUCUCCCCUUUCCCUCGAACCCUUUGAAUGAGAAUGUAAAUUACUUUGUUUCUAGUUAGUUUCAACAAGGCAAUCAUGGCAUCACAGACUCGGAGCUUUUCGCAAAAGGUCAAAGAAUGGGGAGCAGCCCAUUAGGUGGGGCUGACCCAUCCCUACACAAACAGGAUCACGUUCUACGGAUCGGUUCCUUUAUUGAGUUACUGUUGUAUUGAUUAUGCAUAUGUGUUAUGUGAUUAUAAGUUGGAUUAAAUUAUAGCAUAGCUGAA